AUGCCGGUCGCCUACACCCCUGCCUCUUGCAGGAGCGUGUGUCCCAGGGAAGGGCAGGACUGGUCCCAGCUCACAGAGAUUCAGGGAAAAGUGAGUGCCUCAGCUGGGGUUAGAUUUGUCUACACAGAGCAGAAAGUUCAGAACAGUUGUGGCAUAGACAAGAGAGAGUGCUUUCUUUCUACUGUUAAAGAACUCUGGAGGUGGCUCUCCAUGCUGACCCAGGCUGUCCCCAUGGCCAUCAGCCAGCACCUGUCCUGCUGUCCCAGAGUCUCAGUAGCUGACUUCUGUCCUCAGUGCUGUCUCUGGACCCCAGAGGGCUGUGCUUCAGAGCUAGGAAGAGGAGAGAAGGAAGGACCAAGGCCUGCUCAGCUGUGUGAGUUCCAGGCAGACAGCCCCUGCGAGCCCCUCGCAGUGCCUCUGCUCAUGCCCAGUCAGCUUGGACUUGUUCUGGUCACCUUAGCUACAAGAGAGAGAAACAGUCAUGGCUCUCAGCCAGGAUGUCUGCCUAACCUUGACCUGCUCAAUCUCUUCCAGACCUUCUGCCAGAAAGUGGGCCUGCUGUGCACGCUUCAGGGUAAGCUGCAGCCCCAGGACUGGACGUUGUUGGACGAACCGCUGCAGGGCCUGCAGACACUGCUGCUCAUGAUUUUGCGGCAGGCCUCCCAUGGCCUCUUCCUGCGCUACCAUGUGGAGGCCCUAACCCUGUGUCGCAUCAAUAGCUUCCGCCAGUACAAGUAUGACCUGGUGGCAGUGGGCAAGGCUUUGGAGGGCAUGUUCUGCAAGCUCAACCACCUCCUGGAGCACCUGCACCAGCCGUUCUUCCUCUACCUGCUCCCCACCCUGUCCUGCUUCUCCUCCAUCGGCCUCUACAUGCCUGCCACCAGCUUCUUGCUCCUGGUCCUUGGUUUCAAGGCUUUGCAACUGUGGAUGCAGCUGCAUGAGGCCGGAGUGGGCCUUGAGAAGCUCAGGGGGGCCCCUGGCCCUAGUGUCGCCCCUCCCCCAGCACAGGGUGGUAAGCACACAGGUCCCAGACAGGGGCUGGAUGGCUCUGAAGCUGGUAGCCCUGAUCUACCUAGUACUGCAGCUGGGCUGCAUCGCCCUCACCAACUUCUGACUGGAUUUCCUGCUGGCCGCUGCUAUGGUGCUGCUGCCGUGCUCGCUGAGCCUUUGGGCCCUGGACCCUCUAUGCUGCCCUGCUGGUGUUGACAAGCCUGGCAGCCAUGCUCCUUGGCAGCCCAUUCCUGUGGCGGGAGCUACAGGAGGCACCACUGUCACUGGCUGAGGGCCGGUAGCUCUUUCUGGCAGCGCUGGCACAGGGUGUGCUGGAGCACCACACCUAAGGCACCCUGUUCUUCCCACUGCUGUCCCUGGGCUUCUACCCUUGCUGGCUGCUUUUCUGGAAUGUGCUCUUCUGGAAGUGAGAUCUGCCUGUCCAGGGCACCAGGCUGGUACAGAGACUCCCCAAG